AGUGAGUGUGUUGUGAGUGUGAACAUGAGAAGGGAUUGAAGCAGCAGACAGCCUGGUCUCCUCAGAGACUGCUUUACUCCUCAGUGUAACUACAACAGCGUGGUACUGUGUGCACUGCGCUGCUGCGCUGCACGGUGCGUUCAGGAGCUCCUCAGUUCCUCACUUGUUUCUCUUCAGGACACUCUUGAAGAGCACACGGUUCUCUCGUCUCGCCUGGUUACCGGCUUAGCCUUUUCUUUUUUAGCAGUUUUAUUUCCAAACAGGAAAUAUGUUUUAGUUUGAACUUUUAUGAAAGUUUAUUUUCAUUAAAUAGGUAAGUGUUAAGGUUUUCGCUGGCUGUCUCGCUGUGUGUAUGUGUAUGUGUAUGUGUAUGUGUGUCUGUGCGAUGCGAGGUGGAAUGGACUAGAAACACAAACACACAAGCACGACACAUCCACGCCGCUCCGUUUGGCAGUGUCCUCGCAAGUGUGGCAGCGGUUUUUGGUGAGGAUUUUCUCGGGGGAACAUGGAGGAGGACAGAGCUCGGGAAAACGCCGAGCAGCCGGGCAAAGACUCGGAGCGCCAGCUUCGUCUGCGGCUCUGUGUACUCAACGAGAUGUUGAACACGGAGCGAGAUUAUGUGCGCACUCUCGCCUUCCUGCAGUCGGCCUUUCUCCAGAGGAUCAGACAGAUGGGAGAAAAUCAGCAGUGUCUGACACCAGAACAAGUCAAGAUCUUGUUCUCCAACAUUGAAGAGAUCUUGGAUGUACACCGGGAGUUUUCCUCUGCGCUGGAGUCCAGUCUGCAGCCCGAGCCUCAGCCUCAGCAUGCGCUCGGCCACGUCUUCCUCCAGUUUAGAGACCGCUUCUCAGUGUAUGGAGAAUACUGUAGUAACCAUGAGAAAGCUCUCAGACUGCUGAUGGAGCUCAAUAAGAUCCCCCACAUCCGCACCUUCUUACUGCACUGCAUGUUGCUGGGUGGGAAGAAGAGCACAGAUGUUCCUCUGGAGGGUUACCUGCUCUCGCCUAUUCAGAGGAUCUGCAAGUACCCUCUCCUGCUCAAGGAGCUGUUGAAAAGGACGCCUAAGAAGCAUGCGGAUUACCCGGCCGUGGAGGAAGCUCUGCAGGCCAUGAAGGAAGUGUGCUCUAAUAUCAAUGAAACGAAGAGACAGAUGGAAAAACUGGAGGCUCUUGAGCAGCUCCAGUCCCACAUAGAGGGCUGGGAGGGAACAAAUCUAACCGAUAUCUGUACUGAGCUGCUCCUCCACGGCAAUCUGCUGAAGAUCUCAGCAGGAAACAUUCAGGAAAGGGUCUUCUUCCUGUUCGAUAACCUUCUUGUGUACUGCAAGAGGAAGUCCAGAGUUUCAGGGAAGAAGUCCACCAAGAGGACGAAGUCUAUCAACGGCCCGCUGUACGUCUUCCGUGGCCGAAUCAACACGGAAGUAAUGGAGGUGGAAAAUGUUGAAGAUGGAACGGCUGAUUAUCAUAGCAACAACUACACUGUGACCAACGGCUGGAAGAUUCACAACACGGCCAAAAACAAGUGGUUUGUGUGCAUGGCCAAGAAUGCAGAAGAAAAGCAAAAAUGGCUGGACGCCAUUUUAAAGGAGCGUGAACAGAGAGAGAGUCUCAAACUGGGAAUGGAGCGCGAUGCUUACGUAAUGAUCGCAGAGAAAGGAGAGAAGCUCUACCACAUGAUGAUGACCAAGAGCCGGCAUCUGAUCAAAGACCGCCGGAGGAAGCUCACCAUCGUGCCCAAGUGCUUUCUGGGAAAUGAGUUUGUCGCCUGGCUGUUGGAGAGUGGAGAGAUCAGUAAACCAGAGGAAGGGAUCAAUUUGGGCCAAGCACUGCUGGAGAACGGUCUCAUCCACCAUGUUUCAGAUAAACACCAGUUUAAGAACGAGCAGGUACUGUAUCGGUUCCGUUACGAUGACGGCACCUACAAGGCCAGGAGCGAGAUGGAGGAUAUCGUAUCCAAGGGUGUGAGACUGUACUGUCGUCUCCACAGCCUGUUCACACCUGUGAUUAAAGACCGAGACCACCACCUGAAGACGUUUAAAUCAGUCUUACCAGCCAGUAAACUGGUGGAUUGGCUUGUCUCACAGGGAGACUGUUCUACCCGCGAGGAUGCCGUCACACUUGGGGUCGGCCUUUGCAACAACGGCUUCAUGCACCACGUCCUGGAAAAGAGCGAGUUCAAGGACGAAUCUCAGUUCUUCCGUUUCCACGCUGAUGAGGAGACAGAGGGCACCAGCACUAAGACCAAGCAGCUUCGCAAUGACUUCAAGCUCAUCGAGAACAUCAUGGCUAAGUCUCUAGUGAUUCAUCCAGAGGAGGAAGACUACGGAUUUCAGAUUGAGGAGAAGAACAAGGCCAUCAUGGUGAAGAGUGUAACCAGGGGCUCCCAUGCUGAGAUGGCGGGGUUGCAGGCAGGAAGGAAGAUCUACUCCAUUAACGAAGACCUCGUGUUCCUGAGGCCCUUCGCUGAGGUGGAGAUGAUGAUCAACCAGUCUUUCUGUAUACGUCGCUCUCUCAGGCUGCUGGUUGCCACCAAAAACAAAGAGCUCGUGAAGAUUCCAGACUGUCAAGACGGCCUGUCAUUCAAACUGCUUGGAUCCUGUCCUCCAUAUGUGCAUGCUGUGAGGAAAGGGUCAGAGGCCGCAGCAGCAGGCCUGCAGGCUGGUCAGUGUGUGCUCAAAGUAAAUGGCACCAACAUGAGCCAGAGCAGCUACGAGGAGGUGCUGGACCACUUCAGCAGUUAUCAGCCUGAACAGGAUGAGAAGGAGCAGGGUUGCAGUCAGUGGGUGUACCGUGUGUAUGACGAUGUGGAGGAACAGGUGUUCAGCUCGUGCCUCUCAGAGAAUGGUUCAGAUGCUGAGGAAAACGGCUGUGCUAAUGGAACAGUCAGAGGUCUGCAACAUUUGUCCCUGUCUGGAGAUGUCCCACUGGUUAAUAUGAUGGUGGAUAACGUGCACCUGGAACAUGGUGUUGUGUAUGAGUACGUGAGCUCAGCUGGGAUCAAGCACCAUGUUCUGGAGAAGAUGGUAGAGCCAAAGGGCUGCUUCAGCCUUACAGCAAAGAUAUUAGAAGCCUUUGCUAAAGAUGACCGCCAUUUUGUGACGAGCUGCAGUCAGCUGAUCGCUCAGAGCGAGCGUGUAAUGUCGAUGCCGCAGUACGAGUUCAGAAGUAUCUGCGACACCAAACUGGAGAGUAUACGCAAACGUAUCUGCAGCUAUCAACAGUUUGCAGACGAGCUGCAGAAUAAGGGCUCGCCCAUGUUUAAGCAGGCUAGCACUAAACCUCAUGCCCUGGGCUGCAUGGACUUUGUGCCCACCAACUGCCACCUGAACCUGAUGCAGGUUUCAUGCCCCAAGAGCAGCACAUCAGCCGGCCGUGCUUUCAGCAUCCGAUUCGGGCGCAAGAAUUCCUUUUUUGGCCUUGACCCAGACCAAGCAAAUCUGAACCCCAUGUCCCACACGGUCCACUGUGUGACCAGCAUGGCCGCCCCAUCCUGGAGCUGCAUGGGUCUGGAUAACGAGGAGGUGGAGGGAGUAGAUGGAGGCAUCGAGGCAUGCAGGAGGCGCACGUGGGGUGGAGGAGGCCUCAGUUUUCUCCUCAAGCAGGAGGACACUGAGAGCCAGGACAACUACAUCUGCCUUUAUAACCGGCUGGACAUCGCGGUCAGGGAGAUGAAGCUCUACGUGGCUCAAAUUGAUGUGCUCCUGUCCUCCAUCACUGGUCCCAUCCAGCCUCAGAGCUCUGAGCCUCCUUCAUAUGACAGUGUGCCGUCUACUUCUCCUGGGCAUGAGGAGGCCAGUCAGAGCAAAAGAGUGUGCUUCAAAGUGAAUGAGGAUGAUCAGGAGGAUUCUGGACAUGACACCAUGAGCUACAGAGACUCUUACAGUGAGUGCAACAGUAACCGAGACUCUGUGCUGUCCUACACGAGCGUACGAAGCAACAGCUCUUAUCUAGGGAGUGACGAGAUGGGCUCAGGAGAUGAGCUGCCAUGUGACAUGCAGAUUCCCCUGGACAAACAGGACAAGCUGCAUGGGUGUCUGGAGCAUCUGUUUAAUCAAGUCGACUCUAUCAACAGCCUCCUGAAAGGGCCGGUCAUGAGCAAAGCAUGCGAGGAAACCAAGCAUUUCCACCCUGACCACACUCAGCCAGAAUUCCGCCACGCGGACGACUGGACAGCACGAUGCAGAUACAUCCUACACAAAAACAUCCAGGAGGACCCUUGGAACCUGCCCAGCUCCAUCAAAAACCUGGUGGACAGUCUGCAUCGCUUCGUAGAGGAUGGGAGGAAUCAGCUCUUGCUGGCCUUGCUGAAGUGCACAGACACGGAGCUGCAGUUACGACGAGAUGCGAUUUUCUGCCAGGCCCUCGUGGGUGCGCUGUGCACACUGGCCGAACAACUGGUCUGGGCGCUCAACCUUCGCUACAACAACAACGGUGAAUAUGAAGACGACUGCAAGGAGGUCAGCCACAAAUGGCUGGAGCAGAUCUCGGCAAUCGGAGUGCUCUUUAACUUCCAGUCCACUCUCUCGCCGCACGUGAGAGAGGAGCGCACCAUGCUGGAAGACACAAAAGCAGCUCUGCAGGAUCUGGAUAAAGUCACCGUGCUCUUCCGACCAUUGGAGAACGAAUGCCUUGUUGCAAACACGCCAGUGCAUUAUCAGGUGGAAGGCAGUCGGCAGGCAAUCCGUGUCACGCUUUACCUGGACAGCUGUCAUUUCAGCGAGCUUCCCACGCGGCUGCAGAAUGGAGGCAGCCUCAAGCUGCACUCAGCUCUUUUCACCAGAGCAUUGGAGAGGCCGGAAGGAGUGGCAGCUCAGGACUUUCUGGCCAUGGAAGAGUUUCAGCAGCGGAUCAAUGCUGUGUCACUCGAAAAAGUCAAGUUCUAUUACCGGAGACUCAGGGCUUUCUAUUUAGAGAAAUCCAAUUUAUCCUCCGACUCAAAUUCCACUGCCAUGAAAAUAGAUCAUCUGCUUCGUCCUCUCAACACCCUGGAUGACCUGUGCAGGCUCAUGCAGACCUACAUGAAUGUGAAGCCGAGUGCGGUAGGCCACCCAUCCGGAGUCAGCGUGCUGCUGGUGUCCUCAGAGCUGUGCAACCGCCUGGGGGCCUGCCACAUCAGUAUGUGUGCCACUGGCAUGCAGAGGUGCACCCUGACUGUCUCCUUGGAGCAGGCCAUGAAUCUGGCCAGGAACCACGGCCUCAUGCCCCGCUGCUUCAUGCAGACUAUGGACAUUAUGCGCAAACAGGGCACCAGAGUGGAAAUCUCUGCCAAAAACCUCAAAGUGAUGGACCAGAUGCCUGCCUUCGCACCAAGGCUCUUCAAGCUGUGUCUCCCUCCUUCCGAUGGUGAUCUCUGAGUUUCUCGACGCAGCCUCUUGACCGUUCACUUGAAAUAUUAAAAGAAAGACUUGUGACUCUGGGACAGUGAGACUUGUUAAAGAGGUCACUUUGCCUUUGUCAGAUGUUUCCGUUGUACCACACCUCGGCUCUGAGAGGAUUUUUACAGGAGGCUGAUUGAGGCUAACACAACAGCCUGUACGGGAAUAGUUUAGUCACAAUGCUACCCUUGGCUAGCAGCGACUACUCCCACUGCUCCAGCACAGACUUCUCUUAAUAUACUUGGAUUUUGCCACUGAUUGAUGCCGUUCCUAAGACUAUGGAUCUUUUUUUAACCGAGUUACUAAACUACCUGUAACAGACUGUGUUCCUCACUUUGCCUUGGACUGCAGCGUUGGUGAGCUAACUGGUUCCGUCUCUAGAUGCCGAGGCUAAGGUCUCUUCCACUGCCUCAGACACGUGGUGAUUAUGUGCAAUUACUGUAGCUUAGCAUGUGCAUUCCUGCACUAUUCCUUUCCAAGAGUACUCUUCAAAAGGAGUGUUUUUAUUUUCCUCACAUCAGGUCUUAUAAAUUACUGAAAGCAUUCCAGUCUAACAGCCUGACAGUAUUAUAUGGACCAAGCUGACACUGUUUAAGAUGUUUUAGUUUAUAUAUAUUGAAAUGCUUUAUUUUAUUUUAUGUUAUAGUUUGCGUCAGAGUUCCGUAAUCUAUCCAGGAUGAAAGAUCAUGUUAGGUCAGAAAGCUAAAUAAAGUUACUCAGAUAAUCAAUUGACAUCUAUUGAUACUAAAUGCUCAAGAUUUUUACUAAUCAGAUCAGAGAAAGCGAAGACGUUUCUGUGUGUGUGUCUGGUUUUGGCACUUUUUAAUCUCUGGGUGUUACAGUACAGAACUAUUCUAGAGCGUAGCAUGAGUGUUUUGAGAAGCACACAAAAAAAAAAAAGCUCAAAUUAUUCAACAGUGUUUGCUAAAGUACUGUACAAAACAAAGGGAUCAUUGAAGGAUGCUUAAAUAUAGUGAAAUUUAUUUUAUUGAAUUUCCUGUGUGUGUGUGUGUGUGUGUGUGUGUGUGUGUGUGUGUACGUAUAUAUAUAUAUAUAUAUAUAUAUAUAUAUAUAUAUAUAUAUAUAUAUAUAUAUAUAUAUAUAUAUAUACAGGUCCUCUUUGGAGACCGUAAUGCUAUAAUUUAAAUUGAAUUAUUAAUGUUAAAGCAAAACAAUAUGGAACUGUACAUCUUUCGUUUUGUAUACAUGCUGUAUAUGUGAAUAGGAGUCCUUGUUGUGUAUUUCCACUUACAUUGUUUUGAGUAUUUAUACUUCUAACCAUGUCCAUGUGGUCAGUAGAGAUUUACAGACAAUUUGAAAAAUGCACCAGAGCCUUGUUUCUUGACCGAGGGAAAAAUCUAACAUUAAUCUAACCUUUUGGUUCCUCAAAGCAAGCUCAAUUGUUAUUUAUUGAUUAGCCUAUGAUAAACUGAGCAUAGACUAUUUUUUAAAUUCAAAAUCAAGAACUGGUACAUAAAUAUUCUGAGUUUACCUACAGAACUGUAUACACAUAUAAUAUGUUUUAAUCAUAUUUUCUUUUAUGGAAACCCACCUUCCCCAUGACAUAAACAUACUACAGAUAUGACUGCAUGUCUUUUUUUUGUCACAUAGCCGACAAAACACUGUGACAAAGGUUUUGUUCAAUGUUAUGCAAUGCUGUGUGUUUGACAUUCACAGUGCCUUUUGGAUAGGAAAAAAAAAUUGCGAGUCCAAUUUUAGAAUACCUGAUAUGUAUAUGUGCAGCAGAUCUUUAGCUGGAACUGGAAGUAGCUGUGUAGAGUUUGCCUCAGAGUGAGAUGAUUACGUCUAUUUCAGGCUGAGCUUGCUUUGGAGAAACCAGAUUAGCAUGCUGUAACAUUAAGUAUUUGAGUAUAUGAGUGUUGUCCAGCCGCUGAUGGAAUUUCCUGCAUCAUCAUCAUGUUUGCAAUUGGCUGUUAAAUUGAAUCAUAUAUGUAAGGGCAGGGAAAACAUGGAAAGUUUCCUGUGUGUGAGUCCCAAGGCUUGGAACGGGAAUCUCUUGGUCAGUAAACAAAAAGCAAUGUAUAGAAUAAACUUAAGUAUUUAAUGGUGAUGCUCUUUAACUUGUAAUAUCUAUGGAUGUUUGAAUGUACUGAAAAGAGUUUUUUUUUUUUUUUUUAAUCAACAUGAUUAUCACAUCAGUCUGUAAUGUCAGCUCAUUAACAGUCUAUUAAAAUCUUACAGGUUUGAGUUAAUAUAUUGUCACACUGCUGGCUGAUGUGUGUUAUCACCUACACAGAAAUACUGUCAAAGCAACAGGCAUGUAUCAGAUGUUUUUACUUCAUCCCACUGUUCUGUCAAAUCAAUAUGGAAAUUAAAAUUUCUCUUGGUUAAUAAUCA